AACAGUUUCGUGAAUUCGUGAUGACAAUUUCAAUUUUCAAUCACUUUUACAAUUCCUUUUCCAAGAAAUUUUAUGUUUUUUGUUGGAUAACAUUUGUUACAUUAUCAUGAACUGAAAAUAAUAAUAAAUAUUUACAAAAUUGGCAAAGAAGACUGAAGAGUGAAGGGGUAAACAACUUUUUAAAAGCUCAAGAUAAAAUCGUCGGUUUAUUCAAAAGCACCGAAAGCGUUGUUAAAAGAAAAGUUUGUGUAAUGUGAGCAAAAACUUUCGAUCGUUAAAAAUAAUUUAUCAUUCUACGAAACUCCUAUUCUUCUCGGUCGUUUCAGUUCAUUAAUCUUUUUUACAGCUGUUCCUUGAUAACGUAACGUUGCUAUUAUCAUCGGGUCAAUUAAUAAUUCGGCCAACUGUUAGUACUCUUCGUACUUUUAAUCAAAUUCCUUACUUUCCAUAAAGAACAGUUGAAAAUGUUGAAAGACGACGGCGUAAAUGUAGAUGCUGAACAUUUUGAGGAUAUUGUCAAUGAAUUGUACAGUUACAGAGAUUUAUAUUUUGAGAGUAAUCCAAUUGAAACGGCGGUUAAUUUUCAUUCGAAUUUAAAAACCAAACUACAGGAAUCCGUCGAUAAGAUUAAAUCCUUGGAAGAGGAUGCGUUGAAGAAAGAUCGAGCCCUUUAUUUUUACGUUUUGGGUAAAGCGUACAAUGUGGAAACCGAUUAUAAUUCCAAAGCGGAGGAAUAUCUGUCGAAAUCAGUGAAAUUGAAUCCAAAUUUAAUAGAUGCGUGGAAUCACUUAGGCGAUUCUUAUUUUAAAAAGGGAGAUUACUUAGAAGCCAAAAAUUGUUUUUUAAAUGCUUUAAAUAAGGAAAAAAAUAAAGUAUCUUUACGAAAUUUAUCCGUUGUAUCGAGAAAAGAAUCUGGGAAAACCAAAGAAGAUCUAAUUAAUAAUGUAAACGCAGGUUUGAAAUAUGCUCAAGAGGCUUUAGAAGUUGAUCCAAAUGACGGUACCUCGUGGUUUUACAUGGGAAAUGCUUUCAUGUCAUUAUUUUUCACUGUCAAACAAAGUGGUAAAACUCUUAUACAAGCCAUGGAUGCGUACAACAGAUCUGAAAAUGAUCCAUCUUCCAAAAGUAACCCUGAUCUACACUACAAUAAAGCAGUGGCUUUGAAAUUCCAAGAAGAGUAUGAAAGUGCUUUACAGUGUUUCGAUAAAGCUCAUUCAUUUGACCCAAAAUGGGAAACGCCGAAAUUGUUACAAGAACGUCUUAUUAAAUAUUUGAACAGCAUUCAAGAUUUAAUCUGUCAAAAAGGAAGAGUGAAGAAUAAAAAACUUCAAACCUUUAUUAAGAAUAUUAGCCCAGAAAAGCAUUUAGGUCAUUUCCAAAAGUUAUCCGGUGAUAAGGCCGACGGCGAAGCAACGCUAAAACAUGUUCCAUUAUCCGAAUUACGGCCAGGUUUAAAUGAAAACAAAGUAGUUUUAGGUGUUGUCGUUUGCAGUGUAUUGAAUGAAGAAUUGGUUCCAUUUACAUUCUGUAUUGUUGAUAAAGAGAAUACUUGCAUGGGAGUAACAAUAUACAAUUUAGCUAACGGACAAGGGGUCAUCAUCGGAGAUACCGUAGCUAUUGCUAUGCCAUUUUUAAAAGAAGUUGAUUUUACAUUCGGAAGUAAUAAAUUCAACUUUAAAAGCAUACGAAUAAGCAAUCCUUUACUGAUGGCCGUUAAUGGGAAACCUCUCCCUUCGAACAAAAUGUCUUCAAUGCAAAUGUCAACCUUCAGUGAAGCUGAUAACAAAGUUUAAAUUUGUUUUAUGCGAAUCGUUAAAUUAAUCUCUCACCAAAUUCAAUUUUUACUCGUCAAAUAUUAGCUGUUUUAUUACUUACCUUUUUUUAUCAUCAUGGGCCCUAAGUUGUUGUAAGAAUUUUAAAUCCUAAUGUGCAUUUUUAUAAUAGUAUUAUUUAUUCAUUUUUUCUUAUACUAUCUUUGAACUAUGGUUAAUGUCUAUUUAUACCAUAUUUUCCACAAAAUUGAUAAUGAUAUGUAUUUUAUUAGCAUUCCUAUGUGCACGUUUGUACAUCGUAAAUUUGUGUUUUUCCUUUUUUACUUUUAUGGCCAUUUUAAUUUUUUAAUCUUUUUUUCAUGUUAACACUCUAAUUUGAUUUUAAUAAAGCGUUUAAAAGUU